AUGUCGAAAGAAAUGAGGCUCUAUCAGGCUGCCGUUGACCUUGAUGAAGUAUUAACAGAGAACGGGAUCGGAUAUGGAUGUUUCGGGGGUUGGGCCAUCAAUGCAAUUGGUUACGAUCGUGGCACAAAGGUCAUCGACUGCCUCGUGGGCGCCGAAAAUGACGACAUCAACGGCAUAUUCUCGAAUAAGCCGGGUUGGCAUCGAAUUCCUGGUCAAAGAGAAGACUACAUCGCUUUCAUCGUUGGAGAGAAGACGGAAAAUAUACUUGUUGAGAUGUUUCCUGCUUCUACCAAAGCCUCGGUGAGUACCGAGGCCAUGAAGUCCACAAUGCGGACCAUUGCAAUUCGGACUGUCCCGGCUCGAGGUUAUCCAAUGUACCUCUUGGAAAUCGUGUACAUUUUCAAGGGAAAAGUGAACGCGGCAGCAAACCGGCCCAAAGCCUCUGACUGCGACGACAUUGAAUACUUGUGCGCUCAUGAGUCGCAUCUCCGAGAGCAUGUGCAUCAAAUCAAUGUAGAAGAUGCUGGCAAGGCGGCCAAGAGGUACCCUUCGCUGUCCAACAUGUUUAGCAAUCUUGGUAUCGAUGUCAAGAAGGCAAUCAAACAAGCAAGGAGCCUCGAAAUCACCUCUAUGCAUCCUCCUCCUUUCAUCUGUCAAAAGGCGUUGUUGGAAUAG